CAAACAACUACACAGAAAAUAUUACCAAAAUCUCUUUCAUUUUGUUGUGAAUAAACAUAUGACAAUGAUAAGUAGUCUAUUAAGAUUGGGUAGAAGACAACUUCACACAAUAGUCUCAACAGAAUUCAUCAAACCAUCUUUUCCAACCCCUUCUCACCUCAAAACUUACAAUCUUUCGGUUUAUGAUCAAUACAUUCCAAGCUCAUUUGCGCCGCUAAUUACAUUCUACCCAAAAAACACAUGCAUUUAUCAAAAUUCACAUGAUCAAAUGCAUGACCUCAAGACUUCAUUAUCCCAUACAUUAACAAAAUAUUACCCUUUUGCUGGUAGAUAUGCGAAAACUGCACCAACCUAUGUAGAUUGCAACGAUCAUGGAGCCGAGUUCAUUGAAGCAUCCAUUGAUAGUACCCUCUCAAACUUCCUCCAAACCUCACAGCUUGAAAAUUUUGACCGGUUAUUUCCAUAUGAAAGAACUUGGUACCACUCAGACCGUGGUGAUCAAAGCGACGACACUGUGAUCCCACUUGCAAUUAAGGUAAACCAUUUUGAAUGUGGGGGAGUAGCAAUCGCAGUGUCGUUGUCCCACAAGAUAGCGGAUGCGUAUAGUUUGAUCCAAUUUUUAAGCCAUUGGGCGCGAGUUUGCUCCAAAAAGGAGACAACAUGUGUUGAGCCACACUUUAUUUCUUUUGAAAACACAAAGAUAAAUUUCUCUGAAUAUUUGCUAGAGCAAUCAAAUGAUUGUGUUACAAGGAGUUUCAUGUUCCCUAAGACAAAGAUUAAUGAGCUUAAGCUUAAAGUUAGAGCCAUGAUCAACAACCCUACUCGUGUAGAAGUUGUGACUUGGUUACUUUAUAAAUGCGCGGUGGCAGCAACUACCAAAAAUAACUUGGGUGGUUGUUUUAAGCCGACAAGCAUUUGUCUCGCGGUUAACUUAAGAGACAAAAUGAUGGAGCCAAUGCCCGAAAAUUCGAUUGGAAAUUUUCUCAAUCCGUUGGAUGUUCAGACUUGGAAUGAAAUGGAAUUGAAGCCAGAGUUGUUCAUCAGGGAACUAAGGAACCAAAAGAUGAAAAUCAAGGGUAUAAAAAAUAUCAAAGCUGUUUUUGCUCCACUUUUGAACACAUCUACUGAUUUUAAACUAGAACAGAUUCAGGAUAAAUUUGAGAAUGCUUAUAUUUGUUCAAGCAUAUGUGGAUAUCCGAUAAAUGGGAUCGAUUUUGGGUGGGGAGCGCCGAUAAAAGCAACACUUCCUGGAAAUCUAAGGAAGAAUUCCUUUCUUUUGAUGGAUUAUGCGUCCAAGGGGGAGGAGGAGGAGGGUAUUGAAGCAGUUGUGUGUCUAACAAAACAAGACAUGGAUAUUGUUCAAAGGGACCUUGAUUUUUCUUUAAGUUAAGUUGGAAUAAUACUAAAUAAUCUUUAUGGAAGAACCUAUGAAAUCUUACUAUGUUGGUGGUUUGUGUGCUUAUGUGUUAGAAACUCAUGUAUUAUACGGGAUACAUGCUUAAUGAAUGAUAUAUUAAAUAGUUA